GGACGCCGAACCCUUUCACAUGCCUUGUCGCCUCUGACAGAUGGGGGUCGGCGACGAAGUGGAGGAAGGGCAUGAGGAAGACGCCGACCACCAGACAGUUCAGACGAAGCCUACGACAGCCAACGUCAUUCCACGAACUGUCAACGUCAGUACCAGACUGCCUCGAAAGCAGCAUGAUGCAAAAGAGGAGGCAAACGAGGCGAGGGUCGGCGUUGAAGCGGAGGAAGAUCAUGAGGAAGAGGCCGACCACCACGCAGUUCAGACGAAGCAUGCGACAGCCAAUGUCAUUGCAGUAAAGCGACACUCUGUGAAAGAGGCGACAGACGAGGCGACCUCGUCUCUCAUCUCCUCGUCUUGGCAGUAGUAGGCAUGCGGCCAGAAAAAGGGCAGGGCGAGUGGAUUGUCUUGACCCUAUCCUGAUCGUUUCCAUCUCGUUCCCACCCUGUGCGGUUUCUUCGACGCCCCCAGCAUCCAGUGUCGCGAGGACAACUAACAAAGGAGUGCAGUGGACACGGCAGAACGAUCGACUUUGUUGGAUCGAUUCGUGAGGACAGCCAGGCCCGAAACGAAGCGCAAGCACCCGUGUUGUUUCUUCGCG